AUGUUCUCUCCGAACUUGGUUGGAGAUUAUAAGAAGAAACAGCAUAAAAUUUCUGAUCUGAGUUCUCCUCCGGGGGCGGAUUCACCUUCCCGUCCAGUAACACGGAGUCAAAGUGUUGAUAGAACAGAGUUGGAAACAGACCAGUCAUAUAUUGAUGUUGUCAACUUAUCUAAUCAGCUUGUUUCGAUGGAAAUUCUACCGCCCAAAGAUGACAGCAAGAAAAGCAGAAAGCGUGUUCGAUUUGAACUUCCAGACAACGUGGACGAAGCAGCGCCGGCAGACCCAAAGCGAGGAAAAAGUCCUGAUGUCAAGAAUGUAAAGAAAUUCUGUAUUAAGAAAACCAUACUAAGAAAGUUCCACCCUUAUCUGGGACAGAGAAAAGUAGAACCAUCAGACAAAAUCUGCGUUGAAAACCAAAGUAAUCCUUUACUACAAAAGUCGAAUCCUCCACCGGCUGUUGAAGAGCCGGAAAGUAACGAACCAAUGGUAGUUAGUGACGAACUAGCUGACAAUCCCGCCUUGGAUAAAAAUGAUAAUUGCACGGUGCGUUCUGACCGUGCGAAGACAACGAAACGACCAAGCCUCCAUCUAAAGAAAUGCAGAUCUGACUCUGUAAUAUUUAAAAGGAAAUAUCAGCGAUAUACUCGACAUGUUAAGGAAAGAAAACAUGUAGUUUCGAAGAAAUCUUGGAUAAAGACAAAAGAAGUUACAAUCUACAAGUUAAACAGAAAGAGAAAGCAUGGGGAUUAUAGAAAUUCAACUCUCAAGAAAGCAAAGAAACGUAAACUAUCUGGCGCACAGUUGAAAGCAAAAGGAAGAAACAAAAGACUUGUUAAGAAAAAUCGAGGUUAUCGUACUACCAAACUUAAGAAGAUCGUGUCAAAGUACCAUGUAUCAAAACGUAAACCAGUUAAAUCAAAAUCUUCGUCCAAAGUUAAACACAAGAUUAAGAGGGCAGCGGGAAAAGUACGAAAGACAAAAAAGGCAGUAAAGAAAAUGUCACGACUCAAGAAGCGCUUGAAGAAAACCGCUCAAAAGAAGCUUGUAUUGAAGAAAGCAUUGGCAAAGAAACGGAAACAGAAGAAAAAGCAAAAGAAGAAAGUAAAAGUAGCAAAAAGGCGUACUGACAAGCAAAGAAGGAAAAGAAGGCGAAAAGAUUAAAUUUAUACCAAUUAAACGAGAACUAGAAGUCGUUGAACCACUACGAAUUUCCCUGUUAAAAUACCUUACUUUUGAAAGAGCUCGUGAAAAUGAGCUUGAAUGCUGCCGGAAAUAUUGUUGGGAUGACUGGGAAGAACCUGAUAUGGAAGAUAUCAUAAUAGAUCAUGAAGACUAGAACUCAAAUUAUCAUAAUUUAAACCUAGUUGAAGUAUAUAAACGGUUUCUUGAAUGUCUAUAUUCUGACAUUAUUCAUCAAGGACCUCUAAGUAUUGAUUAUCUGUUAGAAAUAUAUUUUUAUUACCAUC